AUGACCACUACCGACUCCAACAAAUCAAUUGGCACAAAUAUGGUUCUGUCGGAUGAGAGUGGUGAUGUUGAGAAGUACGGCUCCGACAGCGUCGACUCCAAGGACGAGGCCGCAGAAGAUGACAGCAACUUUCCCAGCGGCGUGGCCUUAUGGUCUAUCCUUGGUCCUGUUACAAUCGCCUACUUCCUCGUCUUCCUCGACAUGUGUGUCGUGUCUACCGCAACCCCUGCCAUCACACAACGAUUCAACUCUCUAGUUGAUGUUGGCUGGUAUGGUGGCGCGUACCAGCUCGGCAGCUCUGCUCUGCAGCCGCUCACUGGCAAGAUCUACAGCCACUUUAAUAUCAAGUGGUCCUUCCUCGUCUUCUUCUUUCUCUUCGAGCUCGGGUCUGUCAUCUGUGGAGCCGCCGUCUCGUCGCCCAUGUUCAUUGUUGGAAGAGCCAUUGCCGGAGCUGGAUCGUCGGGUAUUGGAAACGGCGCCAUGACAAUCAUCUCAGUUAUAUUACCGCGCAGGAAGCAGGCCCAGUUUCUGGGCAUAAACAUGGGUAUCGGCCAGCUCGGUAUCGCUUUGGGCCCUAUCCUUGGCGGUGCAUUCACCCAAAAUGUUUCAUGGCGUUGGUGUUUCUACAUCAACCUACCCAUUGGCGGUGCUCUGGCCAUUUUGCUGUUCCUGUUCAAGAUCCCCGAGCCGACCGACAAGCUACCCGCCAGACAAGUCCUCGGCACGGCCAUUAAGUCUCUGGAUCUUCCAGGCUUUAUGCUCAUUAGCCCCGCUGCCGUCAUGUUUUUGCUUGCAUUGCAAUACGGCGGUACCGUGCACCCGUGGAAUAGCUCCGUUGUAAUCGGCCUUUUGGUUGGCGCGGCUGUGACCUUUAUCAUCUUCCUUAUCUGGGAAUAUCGCCAGGGCGACGGUGCCAUGGUACCGUUCGCGAUGAUCAAAAAGCGCAUUGUGUGGUCUGCUGCGGGUAACUUGUUCUUCCUUCUCGGUGCCAUUUUGGCGGCCGAGUACUACCUCGCCAUUUUCUUCCAAACCGUGCUUCACAACAGUCCUAUCAUGAGCGGCGUGCACAUGCUCCCAGCAACCUUGUGCUUAGUAUUCUUCACUAUGCUCUCUGGAAUGAUGACCGAGAUCUUAGGUUAUUACUUGCCCUGGAACCUGGGAGGAAGCGCCAUGACUGCCAUUGGGUAUGGACUCAUGUCUUUGAUUAAACCCACGACUAUAUCGCACAAAUGGCUUGGGUACCAGGUGCUCUAUGGUGUUGGCAGUGGUGCAAUGACCUCAGCGCCCUACAUCGCUAUCCAAAAUCUUGUUCCCCCUCCGCAGAUCCCUAUUGCCAUGGCUAUCAUUAUCUUUUGCCAAAACAUGGGCGGUGCCGUGUUUCUGAUUGUCGCUAAUUCGAUUUUCACCAACGGCCUCCGCGCGGAGCUCCAGAAACGCUUCGCCGAGAUUGGCGUCAACCCUGAUAUCCUCAUCAGUACUGGACUGAACUCAAUCCGAAGUCUUGUUUCGGGCGAUAAGCUCACCGCUGCGCUCGAGUGCUAUACCACGGCAAUUAGCCAUGUUAUGUAUCUCGGCAUAGGAGUCAGCGUAGCCACAUUUGCCUUUGGCUGGGGGUUGGGAUGGGUUGAUAUCCGUAAGGCGAAGAAACUGCAGGCCAUUAAGGGAGAUGCUCCGGCUGCGUCGAACACCGAGGAUGUGGACUCGACUGAAAAGACCACAGCUUAA